AUGUCACUAGGGAGCUCUUUGCUGGGCGAGGGGCUCCGGCUGCCUAUCUCCCGCCGAGGUCUAUUCUUCAAGGACGAUUUCUUCAGCGGGUUUCAGGAUGACUACAAGACUGCUGUGGAGGACGUGCUGGACCGCUGGCGUUCCCGCUCCUCCGCAGCUGACCGCUUCGCCUCCUACAGGAAGCUGAGAGAGCGCGAUGCUUCAGACGACAACCAGGCGGCCACGAUAUCCGAGACUCCCGACAACUACGUGAUUGUACUGGACAUGGGAAAGUACUCGAGCGGACAAAUCACAGUGGAGACACAAGGAUACGCGGCUGUGGUGAAGGCAGAAGCAGGUGAUCUAACCUACCACCGCCGCUUCCCACUCCCACGGGACACCAACACCGAGGGAGUGGUGGCUGACCUCUCCGACGAAGGCAUUCUCACAGUUAGCGCCCCCCGAAAGGAGAAGGGAGAGGAAUGCAAGACCCCCGUCAAGUCACCCAGCAAGGAAAGCUGCUCCUCCAGCACGUCUAUGGAGGAGCGAGUCAUCCCCACCACGAGGGAUGGAAUGGCCGUCAACUCAGCUACCCAGAGGACCCAGCAGGAGGUCAAGUUUACCGGGCGUAAGGGAUCGGCCACCAGAAUCAUCCCUCUUACAAUAGAGGACGACGCUAGUAGUGGUGAUGCGACCUCCAGCAGCACCUCAAGCACUUCCCAGGCUGGCGAGGCGACGCGGUCCUUCGAUAGGGUAAUUCCGACUGUCAGGGAAGGAGACACACCCUCUACUCCGGUGUCUUCGUCUUCUGACAGGAAAACCUCUACGCAGUAUUCUGGAUCGUCCUCGUCGUCAGUGCAGAGUAGAAUCCUUCCCAUUCAGCGACGAGGCAGGUUCUUCCAGGACUCCACAUUUGAGAGAGUCUGGGAUGACUUCGAAAAUGCCGUUGAUGACUUGGUGACGAAGAAAAGCUCUGAGAAUGAAGAGACUCAGAAGAAGGAGGAUGACGAUCAGAUCCAAACGUACAGGAACCUCCGUAAGGUUAUUAAGGAAGAGGACAACCAGGCAGCGACCGUCUCGAAGGAGGAGGAUGGAUACAAAAUUGUCAUGGAUGUGAAGGACUUCGUGGACGGUCUGCUGGACGUGAAGGCGCUCGAUGGCUCCGUCAUGGUCACAGGAGAGAAGGGCAACAACAAAUUUGAGCGUCGGUUCUCCAUUCCAGGAUUGUCAGAGCCGGAGAAGGUUGCUGCAGCGCUGUCUGCUGACGGGGUGCUGACCAUUACUGCCCCUGUGUAAACUGCUGUAGUCCUAAAGUUCCUCCCUUAUAGAGAGACGUGAAGGUGGAUGUUUUUCGCGAGUGCCCAUUAUUGAAAUUUGCUUCCAUUGUCAAGCGUUAAACAAAACAUUUCUUCCUUUGCACUCCUUAAUAGAGUUUAUUGCGUCAGUGUUGACCUUCAAACCAGUGGCCGUCCCUUGAAUGCACCGUUUUCACUGUUUGUAAGUAUUUUCUCUACAUAUUUUUACUUUCAGAAAAUUUAUUGUUCUCUCUCGAAAACUGUGCCAGUCUUUCCUUGUUCAGCUGACAGACAGAAGCAACCUCGAGGCUUUGCCAAGAACGACACACGCUUCCCUGCAUCUGCACCACAUAUCUGGCUUCCUGUCUCUCCAUUCAGUGGCGAGCCUCUGUAUUGAAAAAAACCCGACUUCCUGUGACACCUCGCCGUGCCUAACUCUCCUUCCACAGGAAGGCGAGAGGCGCGACUCGGGCACCAGUCAUGCAGCCGCUCGUGUGAAAUCCGUCUCGAAGGCUGCUUGGUUCAAGGCGCCGCAGUGCCUCUAGAGUCCUGUGGUGCCGUCUCGUGCUUUGUGUAUUUUUGUUUCACAUGCUGACUAUAAAGACAUAUUCUUGUAUAAAUGUAUGAAUGUAUUUAUUGUAUGGAACUAUUUAUAGCACAUGUAUUGCGUAUCACUGUAGAUUUCAAUUUAUUUGCUCUUUAUCUUUUGUUUCGAAUUUUAAACACGAAAUGCCUGAAAGAAAAACAUUGAUAUGCUAAAGAUAAAUUAUCAUUGGUGUAUGAGAUGUAUAUUAUGUAGUAUAGACUUUUGUAUCGCUUAGUAAAAUUAUCUUUAUA